AUGAAUAGGAACAAUAAUAUAAUCACCUGGAACUGCCGAGGAGCAGCAGGAAAAGAUUUUUACAGAUAUGUGAAGCACCUCCGUGACAUUUACCAUCUUGUUAUUCUGGUCAUUAUGGAAACCAGAUGUGAUCCUUGUAGGGUUGCAAAAACAUUAAAGAAAUUAGGAUUUCAUGAUUAUGUGGCAAAUAGUAACAAUGGUUUUGCUGGAGGUAUUAUUGUGGCUUGGAGGGAAGAUAGUGUUCACCUGUGUUCGGGAGGGAUAGAAGAGCAAUACAUUCAUUUGAAAGUGGAGCAAAAGCAGGGACCUGAGUGGUUUUUUACAGCCAUUUAUGCUAGCCCAAAUGAUAUGAAAAGAAGAAUCUUGUGGGACCAAAUAAAGCACAUGGCAAGUAGUGUUAACAGUUCUUGGCUUCUUGCAGGGGACUUUAAUGACAUUGCCUUUGCUCAUGAGAAAAAAGGUGGGGCUCCAGCAUCUAGUAGGAAAUGUAAAUUGUUCAGAGAUAAUAUGAAUGAUUGUAAUCUAUUAGAUCUUGGAGCUAAUGGACCAGCUUAUACUUGGCGUGGACCGAUUUAUCAUGGAGGACAACGAAUCUUUGAGAGAUUGGAUAGGGCCCUGAGUAACGAGAAUUGGAGGCUGCAGUUCCAUGAAGCGUCAAUUAAGGUGUUACCUAGAGUGGAUUUCUCAGAUCAUCAUCCAAUUAUGAUUAAUCUUACCAACAGUAUGAAUGUGCAAGGCCCCCGAAGAUUUAGAUUUGAGAGCGCUUGGAUGGUGGACGAAAAUUACAAAAAUCGGUUGGUGGGAAUAUGGAAGAAAGAGGAGAGCUUGAAAAACAAUCUCAAACUGGUUGAAGACGACACGAGUAAUUGGAAGUGUAACUCCCUUAAUCAUAUGCAACAAGCAAAGAAACAAAUUAUGGCUAGACUGAAUGGGGUUUAG